AAUAAUUGUGAUGACAGGUGUCUAGGUACCACUUUCUUAAUGGUUUUCAAUAUCCAUUGAUUUAUUGUCGUGGCUUUCGUCCCCUUUUACAUCUCUGGCUUUGAGGAGGAGCUGAGAAACAGAUUUGGCACUAGAGGCUGAUUCUUUUAUUCCAAUGCUGAAAAGAACUAAUAAAAAUAAUCACUUGGCUUUUAAGCAGAGAGCUUCCAUUUACAGUAUUUCACCCUUACCCCCAAAGAGCCCCUUGUUAUCUAACAUAAUGGAUAGAAUACAUUUCCGUCUCUCCCCUUAAUAAUUUCAUGCAUUAACAUCCUCUACACACACACACACACACACACACACACACACACACGAGCGCGCGCGCACGCGCACGCGCUCACGCACACACAGAGCAAGAGGAAAAAAGAGGCAGCAGAAAUCUCAGCUGUACUUCCAGCCCUUUUAAAAAGUUUGCUCUGUAAAUUGGAAUGAGGUCAGAUUUGGAGCUUCUCAUUGCACGCGGAGAUUAUUAUUGCAUCGGAUUCCAAGCCAAUGGGAAGGCCGGGGGUGGAGCUUGGCACGAGGAAGCGUUAGUUACAGCGGUUGAUUGGCUGCGGCCAAGUCUGUGAAAGGAUAAAGAGGCGCGAGACGGAAUUGGGGUCUGCUCUAAGCUGCAGCAAGAGAAACUGUGUGUGAGGGAAGAGGCCUGUCUCACUCCCGGGUCUCUAGUUCUUGCACGCUUUUUUUUUUUUUUCCUUUUUUUCCAAGAGUCUGCACUGGAGGAACUCUGCCAUUACCAGCUCCCUUCUUGCAGAAGGGAGGGGGAAACAUACAUUUAUUCAUGCCAGUCUGUUGCAUGCAGGCUUUUUGGCUUCCUACCUUGCCACAAAAUAAUUGCACAAACUCCUUAGUGCCGAUUCCACCCACAGAGAGUCCUGGAGCCAGAGUGGGUUUUUUUGCUUUGCAUGGUAGGAAAGGGACUAAGUGAUAGAGACUAUGUUGCUUUCCUGAGCUACCGAGAGCGCUCGUGAACUGGAAUCAACUGCUUCAGGGAAGGAAAAAAAAGAGAGAGAGAGAGAGACUUGCCUGGGAGGCGGCGAGAAACUUGCACUGGAAGAAGCUUCAGCCAGCAGCAAGCAAUCAAGAAACUCCUCUCCACGUUAGUCCGGUCUCCAGACUCAGAGCCGACAGACAGAGCAAACUGCAGCUCGGUGAGACAGAGAGAGAGAGGAGAGAGGGAAAGAGAGAGACAGGGAGAGAGAGUAAGAGAAAGACUUGACUCUCCAGCCUGGGAACUAUAACUCCUCUGCGAGAGGCGGAGCGCUCCUCGCGCGCAUCUUUUGGGACUUUUCUCUCUUCGCCCACCUCCGCCCCGGCCCGGAGUGGAGGGGUCCGGCUGGCCGGCCGGCCCGCCUCGCGCCUUCUCCAGCUCGGCGUGCGUUUGGCCCGGGGGAGCCGGGAGGGCCCAGCGAUCGCGCCGCGGACACCGGCGAGGGUGUGAGCGCGCGUGGGCGCCCGCCGAGCCGGGGCCAUGGUGCAGCAAACCAACAACGCCGAGAACACGGAAGCGCUGCUGGCCGGCGAGAGCUCGGACUCGGGCGCCGGCCUGGAGCUGGGCAUCGCCUCGUCCCCUACGCCCGGUUCCACCGCCUCCACGGGCGGUAAGGCCGACGACCCGAGCUGGUGCAAGACGCCGAGCGGCCACAUCAAGCGACCCAUGAACGCCUUCAUGGUGUGGUCGCAGAUCGAACGGCGCAAGAUCAUGGAGCAGUCGCCCGACAUGCACAACGCCGAGAUCUCCAAGCGGCUGGGCAAACGCUGGAAGCUGCUCAAGGACAGCGACAAGAUCCCUUUCAUUCGGGAGGCGGAGCGGCUGCGCCUCAAGCACAUGGCUGACUAUCCCGACUACAAGUACCGGCCCAGGAAGAAGGUGAAGUCCGGCAACGCCAACUCGGGCUCCUCGGCCGCCACCGCCGCCUCCUCGUCCUCCUCCUCCAGCUCCUCCAAGCCCGGGGAGAAGGGAGACAAGGUCGGUGGCAGCGGCGGGGGCGGCCACGGGGGCGGCGGCGGCGGCGGGAGCGGGAACGCGGGGGGCGGCGGCGGCGGCGGCGGCGCGAACGGCGGCGCCAACUCCAAAGCGGCGCCGAAGAAGAGCUGCGGUUCCAAAGCGGCGGGCGGCGCGGGCGGCGCGGCCGGGAAACCGCACGCCAAGCUCGUCCUGCCCGGCGGCGGCGGCGGCGGCGGCGGCGGCGGGAAAGCCGGGUCCGGAGCCCCAGCCACCGCCACCGCGUCCUUCGCGGCCGAGCAGGCUGCGGGGACCGCCGCCCUGCUGCCCCUGGGCGCCGCGGCGGCCGCCGAUCACCACUCGCUGUACAAGGUGCGGACUCCCAGCUCGACGGCGGCGGCCUCCACCGCGGCCGCGGCCUCGUCGGCGCUCGCCGCCCCGGCCAAGCACCUGGCCGACAAGAAGGUGAAGCGUGUCUACCUGUUCGGCAGCCUGGGCGCUUCGGCGUCCCCCGUGGGCGGCCUGGGCGCAGGCGCCGACCCCAGCGAUCCCCUAGGCCUGUACGAAGAGGGGGGCGCGGGCUGCUCGCCCGACGGCCCGAGCCUGAGCGGCCGCAGCAGCGCCGCCUCGUCACCCGCCGCCGGCCGCUCGCCCGCGGACCACCGCGGCUACGCCAGCCUGCGCGCCGCCUCGCCCGCCCCGUCCAGCGCGCCUUCGCACGCGUCCUCCUCGGCCUCGUCGCACUCGUCCGCCUCGUCGUCCUCGGGCUCCUCCUCGUCCUCCGAUGAUGAGUUCGAAGACGACCUGCUCGACCUGAAUCCCAGUUCAAACUUUGAGAGCAUGUCCCUGGGCAGUUUCAGCUCGUCGUCGGCGCUGGAUCGGGACCUGGAUUUUAACUUCGAGCCGGGCUCCGGUUCGCACUUCGAGUUCCCGGACUAUUGCACGCCCGAGGUGAGCGAGAUGAUCUCGGGAGACUGGCUCGAGUCCAGCAUCUCCAACCUGGUCUUCACCUACUGAAGGGAGCGCGCGCGCGUGUGUGCGCGCGCACGGGCGGCCGGGUUGGGGAGCAGGAGGGCCGAGGGGCGCACCAGGAGAGGAGGAG